AUGGCCUUCCAACUAAAGCGCAAACGCUCCGACUCGGAGCUUUCAUUUUCAUGCAGCACCACUCUGUCGUCGCCUCCGAGGCUGACGGCAGAUUUCGGCAAUUCGUCGUCGCCGUCCGACAACGUCACGACCAUGCCAGCGAUGUUUCGCGGACGCGGAACGCCUCUACAUUUCAACAGCCGGACACUGAAACGGUACCGCGACAGCCGGCCUUCGGAGGCUGAAGUCCACGCUUCUGAAGAGAGCUCGCACACGGCGGGCAUGUACAACCCCUAUGAUGUUUUGCGACUAAUACGCGCAUGCCUUUAA